AUGGCGGGUGCGGGUAUGGCGUCUGCGGCUACUUGGAUACCUUGUCGGAGGUGGGGCUGGGCGGCCGUCUCUUUCGGCUUCCAUCGAGGACUCAGCGCACUACUUGCAUCUAAACCGUCCCGGGCGCCACACUGGCUCCCAGCUUGCAGACAAAAGACAUCACUCUCUUUCCUUAGUCGUCCAGACCUUCCAAACCUGGCUUAUAAGAGGCUAAAAGGCAAAAGCCCAGGAAUUAUCUUCAUCCCUGGCUUUCUUUCUAAUAUGAAUGGUACAAAAGCAUUGGCAAUUGAGGACUUUUGCAGAUCUCUAGGUCACGCCUAUAUAAGGUUUGAUUAUUCUGGAGUUGGAAAUUCAGAUGGGAACCUACAAGAAAGCACAGUGGGAAAAUGGAGAAAAGAUGUUCUUUCUGUAAUUGAUGACUUAGCGAUUGGACCACAGAUACUAGUUGGGUCUAGCCUUGGUGGAUGGCUUAUGCUUCAUGCUGCAAUUGCACGGCCAGAGAAAGUGGUUGCUCUUAUUGGCAUAGCUGCAGCUGCAGACGGCCUGGUAACACAGUUCAACCAGCUUCCUGUCGAGGUGAAAAUGGACAUAGAAAUGAAAGGUAUGUGGACCUUUCCAUCAAAAUACAAUGAAGGAGAAGAUUACCAGAUUCCGUACAGUUUCAUUAAAGAAGCUGAACACCACUGCUUGUUACAUAGCCCUAUCCCCGUGAACUGCCCAAUUAGAUUGCUCCAUGGCAUGAAGGAUGACAUCAUACCUUGGCAUACAUCCAUGCAAGUUGCUAACCGAGUAGUCAGCAGAGAUGUAGAUGUCAUCCUUAGAAAACACGGUGAUCAUCGAAUGAAGGAAAAAGGCGACAUUCAUCUUCUUCUUUGCACAAUUGAUGACUUAAUUGAUACACUUUCAACUGUAGUAAAUUAGAAAUACAUUCUUAGUUGGUAUGUAAACUAAUGAAUGUAGGUGAUUAAAAGAGGGAUAACAGAUGAAAGAUCCCAAUUCAUAGAAAUUUUUUUCCUCUUAGCUUUGAUUUGUAAAUAUCACAUGCGUAUUUAAUGAUGUAUUUGCACAAUGAUACAAAUGGUAAGGAAAAUACCAGCUACUGUUUGGGAAAUCUCCUUUCGAUCCCUGAUUUUUUUUUAUAUAUAUAUAUCUAAAUUCUUCCUAUUUUUUUAUUUAAGAUAUGUUUACCUUAGAAAGCUCGUGUUAAUUGUUCCAGUUCAUAAUGGCAUUCUCUUCUACUUAGAAUUGCUAAUAAAGCUUGAAUUUGGUUUUUGUUUGG